AAUGUUGCCUAGAAUUGAAAAUUUACUUUCUUAUAUUAUAAAAUCUAAAACAUUUGGCUAUUUGCCAUUGAAUUUUGACAAAGAUGAAGAUUUUAUUAACAUUGCUAAAGCUAUUUGUAAAUUAUCUGGACAAUUGGCAAAACCAGUUAUCCCAAAUAAUCGAAAAGUAACGGUUGGCUCAUUGGCUAGAUGUCAACCUAAGAUUAAUCAACAUUUAGAUCAAGUUGGAGCAACAAUGUUAAGUAACUGUAAAUGGGAUAAUUCAGAAUUAUGGAAUUGCAAAAUUCUGGACGUUUCUCAUAGAGAAGGUUAUUUAAUAGCACCUUUAUGUGAAGAUAAAAAACGCAAUUUUUCAAAUGAAUAUGAUUUUAUGAGUAAGCUCAAUGACCAAAUGCAGUUUAUUGUUGUUAAAGAUAGAAAAGGACUCCAUCCUAAUCCAAAAUUCAAGAGGGAAUUUCCAGGAAGUAUUCUUUAA